GCACACACACACUGUGACAGCUUGUCGUACCUGAAACAACCAACACAGCCACAAGAAGACGGAAAUAAUGUCCACUUUUUUAGUCCCACUUUCACUCCAUACUGAGUGGCGGGACGCGAACGUGUGUGGAGGCUGCGGAUACGAAACACGUGACUGAAGAGGGUGGUGUUGGACCCCCCAAAACACCCCACUGCGAUGUCGCUGCUGUGUGUCAGAGUGAAGAAAGCCAAACUUUCAGGGCCUCCAGAUAAGUUCAACGCUUAUGUAACGCUAAAGGUUCAGAAUGUGAAGAGUACGACCAUAGCGGUGCGCGGCAACCAGCCGUGCUGGGAACAAGACUUCAUGUUUGAGAUCGGUCAUCGGGAUUCCGGCCUGGUGGCAGAAUUAUGGAACAAGGGUUUAAUUUGGGACACUUUGAUUGGCACGGCACUCCUACCGCUCGACGCUAUUCGACAAUCCAACGAGGAGGGUCCCGGAGAAUGGACUUGUCUGGACUCGGAGGUUCUAAUGAAGGAAGACGAGAUCUUCGGAACUACCAAGCCGACUUCUCACCAAGUGCUGCUUGACGCACGCUUUGAGCUGCCUUUUGACAUUCCAGAGGACGAAGCUCAAUAUUGGACUCGUAAGCUGGAUCGCAUAAACAACAUGAGCAUUCACGACCAGGAUUAUUCCCCGCACGACGAUGCAGUCCACAGGGGACGAAUGGCGUCCGUGCCCUCGCAAUGCUGCAAUUGGACUUAUUUUGGAUGGACUGACAAGCAAAGUAUGCCUUUCGACGAUCAUGACAGCGCGAUGGACGACCACGACAGUGAAGCGGGCGUCCGCGCGCCGCCUCCACGCUACCACAACACCGCGCAGACCAACUCGUCUGCCCACCAGUAUCCCAUCGGGAUCCGGGUCCAGCACCAGCAGUUCUCAAGGGACUCGGACUCAGUGCACAGCUUUGAGAACGGUUACCUGGACCUGCGGGGUUCCAGGCGGUUAAGCAGUAGGCGCAGCGUAAGAAUAGUUCCGGUGGAUUCGGGCAUGGGUGUGGAGGACUGGGAGGGCAGGUAUAAAUUUCCUGAAUCAGGAGUCCUGGAUGACUACUUGGACCAGGAGCAGAAGAUGUGGGAGGACGAGGACAAGAGCAUCAUUUACCGCCUCGCUGACGCACCGCCAACAACACUGCAUGAGUCCAGAGGCACCAGGUUCUACCAGACGGUAGAGUGCGAUUCCCUUUCACCCGAGGACCGCCAGGCGCAGCACCAGCUGGCUGGUUUCGGCACCGGAGACGUCCGCUUGGUUUACCGGGAAGCUGGCAACUUUGAGGGCGAGUCGUCGCCUCCGGAGAUUGACAUAAUCCCAUCCGUCAAACGCCUCCAACAGCAUGUUGACCGGGAAGGUCUGCUCUUCAAAACCAGAUUGUGGGCCAAGACCGCAUUGGAGGACAGCUAUGCAGCAUUCUGCGAGGAAGAGGCGGCCCGAGAGGCAGCUAGGAUCAGGAGCGAAUUCGGAUCAGUUGGUUCCGACGAAAUGCAGUACUCCUUCGGAUCGGACGAGGAACUGGAGGACCUGAUGUUCACCGAGGCAGAUGCCACAUAUGAGUACGAGUUGUACAACUAUCCUGGCAGGUAUGCACCCCUUCUUGGAGGGUCCAGAAUGGGACCAGACCCCAGCCUUUUGCCUGAGGAGGAGCCCUGUGAGGACUACAUCGACCCGAUGGAUGAACUGAAGUGCUUAGUUGACUCUGUUUCUCAUUACCUGGCUGUAAAAGAGGAGGAGCUCAACAGCUAUGAGUCAGAGCAGAAAUCGGUAAGGCGAAAACUGCCAUCACUGCCAGUUGUGCCACCCGAGGACAGUAAAAGUGAGGAUGUCAAAGCCGAGGACAUCAAAGCCGAUGAUGUCAAAACUGAGGACGUAAAAGCUGAGGACAAAGCUGGUGUUAAAAACGUCAUGACGUCAUUGUUCAAUACAAUUACCGGAACCAAAACCAACACAGAUGUAGAGGCUUUGGCGCCUCCCAAGGUUCCCGCAGCUGACUCCAGUAUCUUCAAACUGCUCUCCAUAAUCCCAAAAAGUAGCCCUGAAGCCACAGAAACAGCCGGGGUGACGACAAGGUAUCCGCCAUCCUCCGUGGCGACCUCCCAGCCAGAGUCUGGCAUUUCCAAGCUGCUUUCUUUCAUUCCCAAAAGUGGCGGCACAACCCCCCCGGUGGCCAUCGUUCCCCCUGCCUGCCAGGAGCCCCCCACUGAGAAGACGUUCUCACUGCAAUCUCUGAUGCCUUUCCAGUCAUCAGAAUCCACUCGGCAAGCUGAAGCUAGUCAGACAUCUAAUAGUGCAGAGGCACAAGGUGCUAACCAAACCACUUCUGGUUUAGAAUCUGUGCUCGGGAGGCUUAGUACUAUGAGGUUGUUUUCCAGCGCACCCCCAUCAAGAGAACCAUCCCCGUCAAGAGAGCCAUCCCCUCAAGCAUCAGAACAACAAAGUACAUCAGCCACCAGCAAUGACUCAGUAGCCCCAGUCCCUAGUCCUAAUAAUAGUUCACAAGUAGAACUAAAACCAGAUUCUGGGAGUGAAUCCGUUGAGCUCUUUCCGGACACAGGAAGUGGAUCAGUAGAGAUUCUUCCAGAGACUGAAUCGUCUGGCGAACUACCGGAUAUUCAGCAAAGAAUUCAGAUGUUACCUGAACCAAAACCUGAAACCACCGCAGAAGAUACAGGCUUGUUCAGUCCUUUUAGAAAAUCUCUCUCCAGUUUGAUUUCUACAAAUCCUCCUGAAAGCUCUACAACGAGCCCCAAACCGCCAGAGGAAUCAUUUUUAAGUGGCAAACUCAAGAUCCCGUUCUUCUCUUCUGAAGAUCCUCCCACUGCAAGCCAAGCAAAACCAGAAGGAGGGGUUCUGUCUGGGUUUCUUAAGUUUGCCACCGGGGAGGAUACCAGUGUGCCACAAAGGAGUCCAUCCACGAGUGCCGCAAGAACACCCUUGCCGAUCCGCACUGCACUACUUGAAAGCACCCCAAAAGGAAACACUGAAACAGGCUGGUUUUCAAACCUGUUCAAGGUGGCUCAAAGUGAACCGGCUAAGGAUCUUGCAAAAUCUCCAGUGACUCCCAGUGUGACACUCACCAAACCUAGUGGCCUAACGGACCCACAUACUGAGCAUUCAGAGUGUACUGCCGGCGAAAUAGAAAUAUUAUCAGACAAUGCCUCUCAGAGUGAGACUGAGGUCCAAACAAAGGAUCAACCGGAAUCCCUACCAGAAACUCCACAGCCUCAAGGGUUUCUGUCCGGGUUGCUGAAAAUCGGGCCUACAGAAGAGUCUAAGCAGACCCAUGGAGGGGACAGUCAGCCUCAACAAGGAGGCCUCUUUUCAGGCAUGUUUUCCUCACCCUCCCCACCUUUUUGUCAAACACAGAAUCCUGCAGCUCAACCAUCGACAGGAAUCUUAUCUGGAUUCUUAAAAUUCACCUCUGACAACAUGUCAGCUCCUACAACUCAGCCACCAGCAACUGGGCCACAAAGCCGAUCUGGCCAAGUACCUGGUCAAGGACAAGCUGCAGGUGCACAACCCCAAAUUGGUGGACUGCUAUCUGGUCUUUUUAAAAAAGCCACAGACUCUGUUACUCACUCUAGUAAGGAAGUCAAAACAGAUGUAAUGAACCAAAUGACCAGAAUAAAUAAAAAUGAACAAAACUUAACUCAAGGGACACCUCGGUCAGGGGUUCCGUCGGGAGAAAUCAAAUUAGGUUCCUUGGGAAGUUCUCCCCGUGACAAGCUGGACCAGCAAAUAGAAGUCACCUCAGAUCAACAACAAAAAUUACCACCACAAACUACAGCUACGACACCACAGCCACAGAAAGGACCUUCAGCUACCCAAGCUGCACAGACAGCAAAUCAACAGUCGGGAAAUUUGUUGUCUGGACUUUUUAACAAAAUUGUAGAACCUAGCACUGCAUCAUCUCAGCCACAGUCAGCACCCCCUCAGCAAGGGGGCUUCCUCUCAGGGCUCUUUGGAACUGGGAGCCAAGACCUAGCCCCUGCUAAUUCACAGAACCAGCAACAAAGUGGCCCACCGGGGGCGCAACUGUCUCAGCAACCAAGCAUCAGACCAAAUUUAUAUAGGCAAAAGCAAAUUCCCCCACAGCAGCUGCCCCCAAGCAGUCCUGUGGGGAUGUUCACUGGAUUCUUAAGCAAAAUUGCAGAAGCAAAGGCCCCGCCGACUGACACUCCAUCAGAUAGUCAACAAGACCAGCAAAAAGCACAAAUGGCAGGUUCUAAGACAACCCAGCAACCCCUCAAUCAACAAGGAGGUUUCCUGUCUGGACUCUUUUCAUCAGGUCCUCCUACUCCAGCGCAGCAAAAGCAGUCACAGCAGCCACCAGUGAGUCCUUCCAACAGGCAGCCACUGCAAAGACAAAGCCAAAUAUCCCAACAAUCUGCUGCCCCUGCGGCCGAGCCGCAGCAAGGCGGGCUAUUGUCAGGGCUGUUCAGUAGAUUAACCACCGAUAACCCACCGCAACAAUCGAUCCCGCAUGCAGAGUUUCAACAGGGGGCUAAAUCAAACGCUGCUCGAUCUCAGCAAAAUGCAGGUCCACUUGGUCAACAGGGAGGUUUCCUGUCUGGGCUGUUUAGUCAAACACCGUCUCCACAGCAGCAAGUGCUGGGAAAAAGUCCUCAACAUACCACGACAGAACAACCCAGUCAAGGCGGAGGCUUACUCUCAGGCUUUCUGAAGCUUGCAUCUGGUGAGAGUGCAUCUCAGGAAGAGCAGGCACCCAAAAGCCAGGGUGGUCAACCGGGCCAAUGUCCAGCCCCAUCUGAAUCAGGUGGGAUAUAUACUGGCCUGCUUAACAAAAUUUCCGUUAAUGUGGAGCAAACAUCGUGUCCAGCUGACCAGGCAAACCAAAAAACAAUACAGCAACAGCCACUACGUGCGGGACAAGGACGUCCGCAGAUUCAGAGAACAAAACCAGUGGAAAUUCAUUCCACACCUGAUGCAGCGGGAGAGAAGGACUCAAAAGAUCACAAGGGCUUCCUCUCAGGUCUGUUUAGUGCCAAGGAGGAGUCAUCCUCAAAGACCUCCAUCCUCGGAAAGGGCGAAACAAAACCAACCAGCAUGAGUAACACAUCUCCUGGUCUGUUGUCGAGCAUUUUUAAAACUGCCCCCAGUAACAACACCGCUUCUGCUCAGGAAAAAGAACCGGAAAAAGGCCUCCUUAACCAUUUCCUGCCUAAGACUAAGGAGGAUACACCUUCUAGGACAACACCAAUCACGUCUUCUUCCGUUACAGUUUCUACAGGUGACAACCCCUCAGAAGAAUUACUGCCACAAAUUUGGAACGCUCCUACGGUGUCACCCACCCAGCGUUACCUCGAAGAAAUUCAUCGUCUCUUGUAUGGGACAGCAGGAGAGUAUGGCUACAAGGACCUUCUGUACAACUUCACAGAGCAUGGCGUGAUUCCGCCCGAGCUUUACGAGCACCAGUCUCUCAUCGAGGCGCUCCUGUGGCAACAGCUCAAUGACUAUGCUCUUGCUGAGGCUCUUUCCGCUCAAGCUCAGGAAGGCUACCGUGAUUGCCGAGGACCUUUGACAGCUGCAGCCAGACCGCCCCAGUGGGGUGGUAAUGUAUGGCCGAGUCCUCAGGAAAUUGAUAUCAGUCAUUUUAACGUGCCGUUGCAUCCGUGGAAGGAUCCUUCCGCCCAACUUUUUGAGAGCAGAAAUUGCUUCCUGGAACCGGGUGAAGACCUGGUUUUGUUUGAUAUGACCUGUAGACACAAGAUGCCCUGGACCAGCUGUGACCACUUGGAUGAACUUGGCAGAAAACGACAACCCUGGGAUACGGAGGGCGGGGGUCUAAAUCUGUCUAGCGAAAAGUCAAAGACCAGACUACAGCGAUGUCAGUCUCUCACAGAAUUCAACUACUUAGCGGAGAAGACGGGGGCUUUAAAAGAGGUAACUGUUGAUGACUUUAGUUUGAAGUCAGCUACAGACUUUUUAAAACAACUCACUACCAAAAAAGGUCCAGUGGAUCUAAGGUACGGUGCUAUGGAUUUAAGCAGAUCAGCCGUGGCCGUGGGGCUCAGCGAUGACAAAAUGCUCUUCGAGGACUCAGAAUGGUACCAACAGUGGCUGUCACUGCUGGAUCAAGGGCUGUGGUGGCCAGCAGAAGCUGGAGAUUGUGGAUAUUACGUGUACACCAAUGGAGACUUUAUUUAUUCUCUUUUAACCGACAGAGCUGGUAGACACCUCUAUGCUUGCGCCGCACCGGAAGACCAACAGACGCUUAGCAAUAUUACAGAAAACAUUGCAAACAUUCUGACCCAGAAAGAAAAGGAAAAAGUAACCUUGUGUGGAUUUAAAAUCCCACUCUGCCCGAAAGAAAAAGCUGCUUGGUUUCCUGAGCAGCCGCAUACCAUAUCAGGACUACCGGAUGCUCCGGAGGAUCUCAGCUCUGCCCUACAUAAAGGUGAAAAAAUCAUGAACAUGAACUUGGAAAGUUUUUCUCAGAUGUUUCAGGAGUCCCUGGUCUCACAAGCGGAAGCCCCCGUGGACUUCACGGUUUAUAAGAUGAAAAAGAUCAUGGUGGGAGCAUCAGAAAACCUUCCAAGCUGCUGUGAGCCUCCAAUGAAUGCCGCCGAUCUGACACUAAACUCGCUUAAAGCAGCUCACGGAAGACCUUACUGGAUGAAUCAAGAGGUAAAAGACAUACCAACAUCCCCCACUCCAACUUCUCCAAGAUCCUACAAGCCAAUAUCUCCCAAGAAAUAUCACCCAAUCCCUGAAAUUAGGAUUGGACAUGCGGAUGAUGCACAUGUAGACCAAUCGCAACAAAAAACGAGCUCUGUAGUUUCAGGAGGAAACUUUUCCAAGUCAACUGAUGGUGAUCUGAAAAAAUCUCAUUCACUUCCGGCCUCAACAACUGCGUCACCUCGGAAACUGUCCUCAGAUGUUUCCAGGAACCUUCCCCAAACCCCAUCAGCAUCAAAGAUACCUGAACUCAUGCAAAGGAAAUUUCCACCUUCAACAAACGUUACUCCAAUCCCUUCAGCUCCUUCAUCACCAACAGCUACAGUUGCUUCGACCACCGUGCCUUCCUCUCUGAGACCUCGACUACCAAGGCAACAAUCUCAGGCAGACAAGCCCAGAGAAUCAUCACAAACUACCAAGACUGCAGUCUCUGAGAUUUGCAAUGCAGGCAAAAUACCCUCUGCAGAUCCACCAUCUCCCAUGCCGAAAGAUAUCCACAAAGAACCCCCACAGUUACACAUCCUGAAUCCCUGCACACAUGAUGACGCCAAACUUUACAAAAGAAACCCUUACAUUGGCUUGUCGACUGGCCCUGAGUCAGGUCACAAAGUAUUGGAUUUUUCCGCCUCAAGUGAUAAGAACAAGCCUUCAACUGAGAAGGAUCUCCAAACAGAAGCUGUGAAACAAAACUCUGAGGUUGUUGACUUUUCCAAACCCAAGUUUAAAAGAUUUAAGGAAUCUGAAGAAAAUGUGGUCUUCACGAACAAGGUGGCUGUCGAUCUUACCAAACAGACGCAGGAGGAGAAAGAGGUGGAGUGGCAUGUUUCAGAUACUGCGACUAUUUUGAGAGCCUUGGAGACCACCUACGCAACAGUUGAUCAACGUUCCACACCUGAAGGACGAUCAUCCAGUCCUCAGACGAACGUCCGAAGACCGUCUGCAUCCAAAAGUCCUGCAGUACCACCGGGUGCACAUAAUAACAAAACAUCUUCUGCCAGGAAAGAGACAAAUCAAGUGGAUUGUUUCACCCGGGCACCAAAAUCUGGAUCAGUGCAAACCAUACCGUCUUCUCCUCAAAUGGACCCAGUUCAAAAUCAAGUCUGCAUUAAAGAACAGCAACCAAAUUACGCUGUAAACGUUCAAUUGCAACAGCAGGUAUGCUUAGUUGCUGACUGGUCGUCACAGCAGACUCGUGUCGACAGCAGAAGAGAAACCUUUACUUCCACUUCCGGUCAAUCUAAUGAAAACCAUGAGAUCACCGCACCAGCAAACUUGUUCAAAGUCGUACUAGAUAUGUCUAUGAAGACAACAACCCAGCCAAAAUUGCAAAGUAAAGAGAGAAAUCAAGUGGGAUGUUUCGCCGCAGCUGGAUCAAUAUCAUUAGCAUCCCCUCCUCAAAUGAGCCCUGUUCCAAAGCAAGUCCACAUUGAAAAACAGCAACUGAAUUAUGCUAACGUUCAGAGGCAACUACAUGGACCCUUAGAUUCAGACUGUUUGGCACACCAGACUCGUGUCAACAACAGAAGAGCCUCGUUUACAACCACUUCAUAUCAGUCUCUUAAAAACCAGGAGAAGAAAAAAACAGUCAGUCCCGAGAGAAAACACCCAAGUCCAACUCAUCAGGAGUCUCUUGACUUGUCAUAUAGAGAAGUAAGAGAUGUCUUGGGACAUUCUCUCCCUGUUGAUUCUCAUGAAAAUCAUGAAAAAGAGUUAGUUAGGAGAGAGGAUAUUCAAAGAGAACACGACAGGGUCAUGUCACAUCCAUGGUGUUCUUUUGACCAUACCCCAAAGCAAGCUUCAGCACCAGCCAAUUCCAUCAAGGCUGCGCUUGAUAUGUCUUCGAAACCAACCGACUUAAAAACAGUCGUACCCGAUACAAGAACGGACGACACUCUGACCAAAGGAAUUCCCUUAACCAGAGGAAAACAGACCGCCCGCCAGCUGGCACGAAAUAGUUCUGUUGGCAUUGCACUUGUCAAAGACCUUCCCUCUCAAGAAUCCCACGAGUGGAUUCAGUAUCAAGAACAGUCUCAACAAAGUACAGCUUUCAUCCCACCCCAGUUCAGUUAUUCAGACUCCGUAUCACCAGCCAUGGCUCUAGCAUCCACUUUAGUAAAUCCCACCACGGGAGCUCCACUGGAUAUGUCACCCAAACCACCCCAGAACACACCGAUAAAAGCCCCAGCAUCUCCUGCUCUUCUUGAAGCAGUUUCACUCAUUAAUAAGCCAAGUGCAAGAAUGAUGGCAAGGAAAGACUCUGUCGGCCUUCCACUCAUAGUCCAGCUAGAAUCUCCAUGCCAUAAAAUACCUCCUGCUGCACCUAAGCAAGGAAUGACCCCCCUGACUGGACUCAACAGAGCAGAGACCCUGCACAGGCAGAUAUCCAACUGCCAUACUAAUGAAUUUCUGUCCUCCACAUACAAGCAAGUCCAGCAAACAAACAAACCAGUGGACUGCUCUGCAAAAGAAAGCGUAAACAAAACAAACAUUUCCAGUAUUUACACCGAACCAGAAGCUGGACUCCCCUUAAAUUUCACUAAUCUCAAUGCAAGGAAAGAAUCUUUUCAAAGAGAGCAAUCUGGGAGGCAAAUCAAAAAGAUGAUCCAAGGUUUAGUGGACCUGACCGUGGAUCCUCAAAGUAAGACCACAAAUAGUCCAAGUCAGAGUGUGAACGAACUUACAUUGCCUGCUUUGUAUCAAAGCUGCCUUUACCAGCAACAGGAGUACAGAACAGCCCAGACCGCUCAAGAAAUCUUUAAAUACUCACACCAUGAUCACACUACCACUCAGUCAGGUAUGACUGACCUUUCAGGAACACAGCUUCAAUUUGUAUCAAAGUCUGGCAUUCAAGCUACGCAAGACGGCUCAUCUUCAAACAGCACAUAUCAGCAGGCCAGUACAGGAGGUUUUGAAUCCCAGAAAGGUAAUCAAAUGCUUCCAAACGGAACACAAAUCAGUCUUGAAGGCUACAGGACACCUAUAAAUUCAAUAAAUUCCCUACCUAUGGUGAGAAUGUUGCACACACAAGAUCCAAGUGUCCCUGCAAAAUCCAAAACUCUAAUCAAGCAGCCCACUGUGGGAAGCUUGGAAGAAAGACCCAUGCAAAGUGUAACAGGAAGUCCUCAAAAGCAACCCCUUACCCAUCAACAAUAUAUUCCAGAAACUAUCAAGAUCUCUCAGCCUUUGAAUAGUCAAUUGUCCCCUUUAUCAGUUGUUAUUCAAGGAUCUGAAAAACAAAGACUCGAUAAUUCCAUCAACUCUGUGAAUACUCAAUCUUUGGGGACAAUUACACCCCCUCAACUAUCAACACAGCCUGAUUCGGGACGAUGCUCCUUCACUGCACACCAAAGUAACGUAACAAAUGUACUUUCAAUUUCUACCAUUUCUACUCAGUUUGCACCAGGAUUUACAGCACUUGUCUCACAACCCACGUCUGCAAAACACGAGCCUUUAAAGCAAACAAGGGAACAUGGUUUUAGACCUGAUCUUAAAACAGGUGAAGAGGGUAUCAGACCAGAACUACAAAGACAGGAAGGGACACCUUCACCCCAAUCGGGAUCCUCUUCUGUCAAGGGGUUGGUUUCAUUGUUUAGUGGCCUCGGUUCCCAGCCUCAUGUCAGUGGAAAACCAGCAAAAGGAACACCAGGUCCCACUAUGACCAGGUCUACACUCGUGGUUGUAAAGUCUCAGGGCACAGCAGUGGAGAUUCUUAAUGCUGGCCAUGUUGCACAUUCUCCUGAUGUGAGAGUGCCAUCGGUAGUUAGUACCUUACCAUCUCAACCUGUAACCCCACAGAUAGACUUGCCUCCUCUAUCAUCACUCAUUUCUGAAUCACACCACAAUGUCGACAUUUUAGCAUCCAGUGGCUCAAGCUAUCAAGGAUCCAUGACAUCAUCAUCCAAUGUCACGGUUCAGCUAGCCCAGAAAAAACAACAAUCAAGCCUACCAAGUUCAGAAUCUUUACUGUACAAACUAGGCAAUAACAUGCCUUCCGAAGUUACUCUCAAUGAAGACACUUUAGUGGAACCCUCAUGUAAAUCUUCUGAAGACUCAUCUGAAGCUCUACCAGAGGAACCCACCAAAGAAUCUUUCAAUCUAAGUACUGGAAGUGACCAAUCGCAGGACAAAAUGAGCCUACCCAGGUCUAUCUACAUUGGCAUUAAUGCUACGGACAUGUCACCUGUUGAUAAGCUGAUGGAUCCAAGUGAGCCAAGACCAUAUGUCAGACUACCCCAUAUAUUUAUCUCGACCGCCAGUUCACCAGAAGACGAGUUGACUGAAGAAUCCAAAGAAGCCAGCGCUGAUGAAGUUGCCACUGCAACUGCUGUAACCCCCACAGAGUGUCGGAAGUAUUUUGAACCUACUGAUGACACUAUAUCUUUGGAUGAUGGAGCUACAGAUGUCAUUAGCACAGGGACCACACCCUACUUAUCUGAGAGGUUACCACAAACUACAAUAAACGAUUUGACUGCAGAUGACCAGAGCCAAGGAAAGGAACAUUCCCUCACAGUAGCAUCUGUCUCAGAAGCUGAUCUCAAAGCAGAGAGCCUUGCUGUUUGUGAACCACUUGCUGAGAAACCUGUUGCAGAUUUGGAAGAAGAUAGAUCACCUAGUGAAUUGACAGCAUCAUUCCAAGAACCAGAAAAAAGUGCACAACCUCCAAGUGAGGGCAAAAGAAUAACUUCAGAAGUUGAAUCUGAUGUGUCUCUCAAUAAAUUGACAGAACCACCGUCGGAUAUAAAACCUUCUGAAGAAAUCUCAGAACUUGAUGACAAAAUGGGAAAGGAUGUUCCUUUUCCUGCUUCUCAAGUCAAUUUUGUCAAAGAAACUUCCAAUGAAGAUAGUCCAGAUGCCAAGCUUGAUCAACCGCCCAAUGAACAACAAGGAAAGAGUUUGUAUUCAAUGUUUGGCAGCUCUACUGCAAGCCCAGAGCAGACUGCUUCCCAGUCUGGGCAGUCCACACUUGGAAGUACUCUUCCCGCUUCAACUACCAAAGAUCAAGCUGGUACUGGCUUACUCUCAAUGUUUGGUGGGUCAAGUUCCCCAGUGUCCCCUGAAACCAAAGGACCGUUGCCUCAGUCAAUCCAACAAGAGCCACAAGGAAAAGGUCUACUCUCAAUGUUUGGUGGGUCAAAUGUUCCUUCUCCUGAAACCAAAGGAUCAACAACUUCUUCAGCCUUACAAGAACCACAAGGAAAAGGGUUACUCUCAAUGUUUAAUGGGUCAAAUGCCUCAGUGUCCCCUGAAACCAAAGGACCAUUACCUCAGUCAACCCCACAAGAGCCACAAGGAAAAGGUCUACGCUCAAUGUUUGGUGGGUCAAACAUCCCAGCAUCCCCUAGAACCAAAGGACUGCCACCUGCUUCAACCCCACAAGAACCACAAGGAAAAGGUUUACUGUCAAUGUUUGCGGGGUCAAAUGUCCCAGUCUCCAUUGGAACCAAAGAACCAUCUCCUUCUUCAACCCCGCAAGAAUCACAAGCAAAAGGUUUAUUCUCAUUGUUUGGUGGCUCCAGUACUAAUUCACCAGCUGGAACAAGAAGCCCAACUGCAGGAAGUGUCCCACCAAAGGGUCCUCCACCUAAAGAACCUCAAGGAAAAACCUUGUUUUCUAUGUUUGGCGGACCUGCACCCCAGCAGGGGCCCAGUCCAAGAGGUCCUCCUCCAGCUAGGGCUGGAUCUGCUAUAUUCGGCAGCAUCCUCCAAGGUUCUUCUUCCAGUAAAGAAAGCCCAGGUACAGGCCUGUUCUCCAAGCUUGCAGGUACCAGUGCCCCAGGUCAAAGUGGACCAAGAAUGCCUGUAGCAGGACAAACAGCACCAGCAGGACUCAGAGCUUCAGAGCCCUCUGGUAAAGGACUGUUUUCAAUGUUUGGUGGGCAAAUCCAGCAAACUCAGAUACCUGAAUCUGAGAGCGUUUUUAAAGUUUCUUCUGUGUUCUCGCUCGGAGGGAGCUCUGACGGAAACAAAACCAAAACUGGGUUUGGGAUGUUUGGAAUGUCUUUCACAGAGGAGUCCAAAAAGGAGCCACAAUCAGUUGUUCUUGGGAAGGAAGCUAGCAGCACAAGUGCAGAUGUAAAACCCCCAGAAACUAAAGAGGCUCACCUGACGGAGCCUAGCCCAAGUGAAGACGAAAACCCCCCAGAAACGAAAGAGGCUCACCAGACGGAGCCUAGCCCAAGUGAAGACGAAAACCCCCCAGACACGAAAGAGGCUGUCGAGACAGAGCCUAGCCCAAGUGAAGAUGUAAAACCCCCAGAAACUAAAGAGGCUCACCUGACGGAGCCUAGCCCAAGUGAAGACGAAAACCCCCCAGAAACGAAAGAGGCUCACCAGACGGAGCCGAGCCCAAAUGAAGACGAAAACCCCCCAGAAACGAAAGAGGCUGUCGAGACAGAGCCUAGGCCAAGUGAAGAUGUAAAAACCCCUGAGACCACAGAUAAGUCAGACCCUAAGCCUUCCCUUUCACAUCCAGAUGACAUUGCAGCUGAAAAAGAAUGUGAAGAAACCCAAGACUGCACCAAACAAACAUUUGACAGUACUGUUCAGUUAAGAGGAGAGGACACAACUGAUAAAAUUUCACCGUGUGCUGAAAAUGACUCUGGUGUAGGGUCAGAUACACAAAAGAUGAUCAGUUUACCAGAAAGUGACACUAUACACGAUAAAGUCAUGACUGCGUACAAUCAAUCGGACAACCAAUUGACUGGAGAAGGCGACAAAGAUGUUGGUGAAUCAGACAUGAAAGACGGUGUACAAAAAUCUGAAACGGUUAUGGAUCCCCGUCAUGAUGAUACCAAACCUGACAUAAUUGUGGUGGAGCAUUUACUACCCAGUAUUGAAGACAUACCAAUUCCUGAGCAAGAGAAAAAACUGGACCCUGAAGGAGCCCCAGAGAUUCUCGGUGAAGAUGAAGAACCCCACAUAGAGCAAUCAAAUCUGAAUGCAAAAAUUAUUGGCGUGGAAAAAACAACAAGUAAAUCAUCUGAAGUUACUGGUGAUAAUGGUGUUACAGAGCUUGAGGAAGCAACUGUAGCCAAAGCAGAGGAACCCACUACAGAACCAAUUACUCCACUCCCACCCUUAGAAAAAUCAGAACCUGCACAGGAAUCAAUUAAGGAAGAACCUUCAGUAGAACCACCACUGGCACUAGGGAAACUCUCUAAUAGUUUUGUUCCUGUGGUCUCGACAAGAGAUGAGGCCGGAGGUCAUGUAACCAACCCACCAAAAAUCAUGUCUUCAGAUAUAGUACACAUUGAGGCUCCACCAUUGGGUCCUGAUUUACCUCCACCACAGCCCACACCCAGGCCUCUUUCAGAUAGAGCACCCGUCCCUCCAAGACAAAGAAUGGGAGCACCAAGAAUGGGAGGUCCCCUACAGAUUGGGGGGCCGAGAAUGCCCGGGCCCAGACCACCGGGACCUCAUAAGCCCUCUGAGUCCACUCCUUUUUCGGGCUUCAUGUCAAUGUUCUCUAACUCGCCCAGCACGCCUAGUAGACCGGCAACUGUUGGAGGAUUCUUCUCAACCUCACCAGGUUCCCUCUUUGGCUCUUCUGCUCCUCGUCAACCUCAAAAACCCCAACAAGCACAAAAAAGCUCAUUUUUUGGGCUCCCGAGUAGCAUUGCCCCAGAAUCACUUACAGGAGACAUUCUCGGUAUAUUGAAAGGUCCAGAAGCAGUGAAAACUGAGGAACCUCAACUUUCAUCUGAGAAGACUGAAGAACGGGUGAAGACCAGAAAGGACUCCAUCCCUGAGAAGAUUUUAGUGGAGGAAGCAGAACAUGCAGAAAAGAAAGAUGGCAAGGAAAGUCUAACCCCUGAACAAGAAGUGGAAGUGAAACUUGUAGCGCAUGAAGAACACUCUGAGGUGUCUGAAAAAGCAGCAUCACUUCCUCCUCCUGAAGCCCAGGACCCUGCACCUGAGACCAAAACCACCUUUGAAAUACCAAACCUAUCUGCACCUAAAUUUGGCUUUUUAUCCAUCGCUGCUGAAGGAACAUCAUCAAUCGGAUCCUUCUUCUCGUCCUCUGCAUCUUCAACCAUGGACGCAAAACAAUCUCAGCCCCUACAGACAGAGGGGGGUCUCCUCUCUGGGUUUAAAUGUUUCUCGGCGGGCAUUUUCCAGGAUGAGAAGCAGCCAGGAAAGGAAGAACCAUCGUCGGUUUUUGACAUGAAACUCGGUUCGAUGUUCAGAACCUCAGAUCCUCCCAAGUCUGCUGUUGAGGUCACUGUCCAACCGCAGCCCCAAAGUCCGAAACCCGCCAGUGAAGUAGACAAACUCUCCCAAGGUUCAAGAGACACAGAGAGUGACACAGAAGGACCGAGCGGUACUGUCCAAACCGGGGGUUCCGACAGCCUAGCCGAGUCACCGCUGACGGAACUUGCUUCCGAGUCUGUGUCCCUGGCAGAACAUUCGGAUGAACCUCAGGUACGAGUCAUCCCGUGUGAGGAAGAGGGCAGUGUGGCUACACCGCUGAACAGCGAACCUCUGAAGAACCUCCUGAUGCAAGAAGCUACUCCAAGUCCGGCUCACAGCAGCCGCUUGGACUCUUCGGACAACCUUAGCCUGAGCAGCUCCCAGUUCGGCUCUGAACCCGAGUCGGGCUAUCCCUCGAGGGGACGCCUCCACGUCCCUCUCACGUGGGACCAAGACAAGGCGGACACCACUGAGUUGAGGGACACCUCGGUCCAGGCAUCCAAAACCGUCUGGGACAACGACGAUAACAAGACCAGGACAGAUAUCAACGUGUUAGUGGACGAUCCUCCUCUGUGUUCUCCCUCAAAGAUCCGCUGGCUCAAAGCAUACUACAAAGUCAGGUCCAAGCACUUCCAGGGCCAAGAUGGCAACCCCGGCAGGCAGCUAUGGACCAAGCCAAGGGAAAACACACCGUUUGGCAUUGACAGCACGCCAGACCUCCGAAAAAGGAGGCCCAUUCCCCUUGUUAGUGAAGUGACCAUGAUCCAGUCCAGGAAGGCCGGCCUGUCCCAGACGUUGGCCACGCGGACCUCCCUCAAGGACAAAGAGCUUAAGUGCCACGUGUACAAAAAGACGCUUCAGGCUCUCAUCUACCCCAUCUCCUGCACCACGCCGCACAACUUUGAGGUGUGGACCGCCACCAAGCCCACCUACUGUUACGAGUGCGAGGGGCUGCUGUGGGGCAUCGCCCGGCAAGGCAUGCGCUGCGCCGAGUGCGGCGUCAAAGUCCACGAGAAGUGUCAGGACCUGCUCAACGCCGACUGCCUGCAGCGAGCGGCCGAGAAGAGCUCCAAAACGGGAGCGGAGGACCGGACGCAGCACAUCAUCAUGGCCAUGAAGGACAGAAUGAAGAUUCGCGAGAAGAACAAGCCAGAGAUCUUUGAGGAGAUCCGCCGGGUGUUCGACAUGUCCAGGACGCUGCACGGACAGCACAUGAAGAGUAUCAAGCAGAACAUCCUGGCCGGAACCUCCAAGUGGUCAGCCAAGAUCAACAUCAACGUCGUAAGUGCACAGGGUCUACAGGCCAAGGACCGUACCGGUUCCAGUGACCCAUACGUCACCAUCCAAGUGGGCAAGACCAAGAAGAGGACAAAGACCAUCUACGGGAACUUGAACCCGGUCUGGGAGGAGAAGUUCAGCUUUGAGUGCCAUAACUCGUCGGACCGCGUGAAAUUGCGCGUGUGGGACGAGGACGACGACAUCAAGUCGAGGGUGAAGCAGCGGCUCAAGAGGGAGUCGGACGACUUCCUGGGCCAAAGCAUCAUCGAGGUCCGCAUGCUCAGCGGCGAGAUGGACGUCUGGUAUAACCUGGAAAAGCGAACCGACAAGUCAGCGGUGUCGGGCGCCGUUCGACUUCAGAUCAGCGUGGAGAUCGAAGGCGAGGAAAAGGUGGCACCAUACCAUAUGCAGUACACGUGUCUUCAUGAGAACAUGUUCCACUUGGUGACGGAUGUGGAGGGUGCCGGAAUGGUCAAGUUCCCAGCGGCGCAGGGCGACGACGCCUGGAAGGUUUACUUUGACGAGGUGCAGCAGGAAGUAGUGGAUGAGUUCGCCAUGCGAUACGGCGUCGAGUCUAUCUACCAGGCCAUGACCCACUUCUCGUGCCUGUCGUCCAAGUACAUGCUGCCGGGCGUGCCGGCCGUAAUGAGCACCCUGCUGGCCAACAUUAAUGCCUUCUACGCGCAUCCCACCGCCACUACCACCAAGGUCUCCACACCCACCAGGUUUGCUGCCUCCAACUUUGGGAGAGAUCGUUUUGUCAAACUUCUGGAUCAGCUGCACAAUUCCCUGAGGAUCGACCUCUCCAUGUACAGAAACAACUUUCCCGGCAGCUGCAAGCCCCGCCUCCAGGACCUCAAAUCCACAGUGGACCUCCUCACCAGCAUCACCUUCUUCAGGAUGAAGGUCCUAGAGCUGCCAAGCCCCCCCAGGGCAUCGGCGGUGGUCCGUGACUGCGUCAAGGCCUGCCUCAACUCCACCUACGAGUACAUCUUCAACAACUGCCUGGACCUCUUCAACCGCCAGUUCCAGACCACCCCCGCCCUUGAGCCAGAGAAGAACAAGAAGGAAAAAGUAGAGGGUGAUGAGGAGGAGGAAGAGGAGAAAGAGGAGAGCCAGCCUCCCGAGGACCAAGGCCCGAGCAUCCAGAAUUUGGACUUCUGGCCCAAACUCAUCACGCUCAUCGUGUCAAUCAUUGAGGAGGAUAAUAAUUCGUACACGCCCAUCAUCAACCAGUUUCCUCAGGAACUGAAUGUGGGGAAAGUCAGUGCUGAGGUGAUGUGGACGCUGUUCGCUCAGGACGUCAAGUACGCUCUGCAGGUUUUGGUUAAAGGAAAUCGCUCCCACAGGAACAUUGCAGCAGCUCCCAGCACCUUCCGGAUCCGCAGAAUAGACUUCCAUGAUGAGCACGAUCAUCAUCGUCUGUGUAAGCCUUCCGACUACAUGAAUCUUCACUUCAAGGUCAAGUGGCUCUACAAUGAGUACGUCUCGGAUCUUCCGGCCUUCGCCGACAGCGUUCCCGAGUAUCCUGCGUGGUUCCUGCAGUUCGUCCUGGCCUGGCUGGCUGAGAAUGAAGACGUCUCCAUGGAGUUUAUGCACGGAGCACUGGAGAGGGACAAGAGGGAAGGAUUCCAGUCGACAUCGGAGCAUGCGUUGUUCUCCUGCUCGGUGGUGGACAUUUUCACACAGCUCAACCAAAGCUUCGGGAUCAUCCGCAAGCUGGACUGCCCCGACCCCACUGUGCUGGCUCACUACAACAGACGAUUCGCCAAGACCAUCAGCAAAGUCCUGCUGCAGUAUUGCGCCCUGCUGGCCAAAUCCUUUCCAUCCUACUGCGACAAAGAGAAGAUUCCGUGCGUGCUGAUGAACAAUAUCCAGCAGAUGAGAGUCCUUCUGGAGAGGAUGUUUGAGUCCAUGGGAGCAAAACAGUUUACCGUUGAAGAGGAGAGGUUGGAUAGUGAAGAAGAGGAGUUUGAUGAAGAGGCCAACAAUGACAAUGAAGGCUGUGAUGAUGAUGAUGACGUGUCGGGCUGUUCGGAUUCAGAAGGCUCAGAGAUGGACAACAAAGACAAGGAGGACAAGAUUGAAGAGGAAAAGUUGAAAUUUGACAAGGAAAAGUUGGAAUCUGAGGAAAAGGCUGAGAAGAAAGAUAAAGAGAAGCAGUUGGACACAGAGGCUGCCGACAUCCUCAACGAGCUACAAAUGAAACUCAGUGGCAUGCUCGACAACUUCAGUGCCGUCUUUGCCAAAAGCUUUCAGAUGCGCAUCAAUGCCUGCAUGCAUCAGAUGUCCGCGCUUCUGUACCAGAUGAGGGGCCCCCCCAACCCCAACACGGCCGAGGGGGAUGCCGACGCCAUGUUGAGACCGCUCAUGGAAUUCCUGGACGCCAAUCUGAGCGUGUUUGCAGACGUAUGUGAGAAGGCAGUCCUGAAGAAGAUCCUGAAGGACUUGUGGAAGGCGGUCCUUUGUGGUCUGGAGAAGAACAUCGUGCUGCCAAACUCUAACGACAGCCUGGGUGCUCAGAUCCUUACUGCUGCCAAAGGACUGUCCAACCUCAAGGGUGGCGGCGGAGGUGAGGCAAAAAUGCUGACGCCCAAGCAGUGCACAGUGGUGGAUGCCAGCCUGGAGAGCCUCAAGCAAUAUUUCCACGCUGGAGGAAACGGCCUGAAGAAAUCUUUUGUGGAGAAAAGUCCCGAGUUGUCAUCGCUGAGUUACGCUUUAUCGCUCUACUCUCAGAGCACGGACGCCCUCAUUAGGACUUUCGUCAGCACGCAACGCCAACAAGUGCACAGCGGCAUGGGCAUUCGAAUCACGGCCAAUGAGAAGACUCGACCUGAUCGAGGUUCUGGAGUGGAGAAACCAAUUGGCGAAGUCGUCUUACAGGUGGACGUCCUCACCAAGGACCGCAAAGUCAACGUCAAAGUGAUCAGCGUGAACGACAUUCGCUGGCAGACAUCCGGAAUGUUCCGUCCGUUCGUGGAGGUUUCCCUGCUGGGACCGGCGCUGGUAGACAAGAAGCGCAAGUUCACCACCAAGUCCAAGAACAACUGCUGGAGCGCCAAGUUCAACGAGAGCUUCCAAUUCGUUUUGGGCAAAGAGGGUUGGGAGUGCUGUGAGCUGCACGCGUCAGUCAAGGACUACUGCUUUGGCCGCGCCGACCGUGUGGUGGGCGUGGCCGUGCUGCAGCUACGAGACGUGGCCGAGCGCCGCGCCUGCGUCUGCUGGUGCCCCCUGGGUCCCGGCAUCGCCACAGACCAGACCGGUACCACCGUCAUGCGCAUCCUGGCCCAGAGGCCCAACGACGACAUCGCCAAGGAGUUCGUCAAGAUCAAGUCAGAGACACGGCCCGCCGAGGAGGGCAGGUGAACGCAGCCCUCGCUUUAUCCCGGGACUAGGGACUUUAGGAACACUAUUUUGUGUGGUUCCGGCAACCGGGAGUACCAAAAACUAAAAGAUCCUGGAACUUUAGGCAGCAUUGGAGGACCUUGGUGUUUGGACUGCAGGAAUUAUUGCCUAAAUGUAGUUCUGGGUAACUUAUUGGGACCAAAAGAAGACCUUAGUAUGGGGGCAGUACUUCGGAGGUGGACAGAACUUUUGGUUCGCUAACAAAUCUGACUGGUAUGUAUUACAAGAAUUCAAUGUUCCUGGAACUUUCAGUAGCUUUGGAAGACCAUUGUGUGUUUGGACCGCAGGAAUUAUUGCCUAAUUGUUGUUCUAGGCUAAUUUAUCGGGGCCAGAAGAAGACCCUUGUAGUGGGCUAGUACUUUAGAGAGGUCCAACAACUACAAGUACCAAGAACUAAAGAUUCCAGGAACUUUAGGUGGAAUUUGCAACUUUUAGAGGACUACUGUGUAUUUGGACCAUUUAAACCAUUUAAAAGUUGGUUACAGGGUAGUUUACCAGGGCUAAAAAAAAUACCUUCCAACACUACAAUUACCAAGAACUAAAAGUUCCUGGAACUUUAGUCUGAAAAUGUGUUUUGGGAAGCUCGAGGGCGGGCUCUGAACAUAUGCGAGUAGAACAGUUUAGUUCCAAGAACUACAAGUACCAAGAAAUAUAUGUUCCAGGAACCUUAGGUGAAACUAGGAACCUUUGGAGGCCCUUUGUGUGUUUGGGCUGCAAGAAUUAUUGUCUACAUUUAUAUCUGGAGUAAUGUAUCGAAGCCGAAAGAAGACCUUGAUAAGGGCAGGGUAGUACUUUUGAGAGGUCCAGAACCUUUGUGCAGCUCUAAAGACCAGGAACUGCAAUUAACAAGAACUAAAAGUACCUGUAACUUUAGGUUGAGUGAAACUAGCAACUUUUAGAGGAUUGUCUAAAUUUAGUUUAGUAAUUUACCAGAGGCCAAAAGAAGACCUUGCUGUGGGGGUAGUACUUCCCAGAGGUCCAAGAACCUUUGGGGAGACACACACACUUAUGAUUAGAACUUUUCACUUCCAGGAACUAGAGGUUCCAAGAAGUAAAAGGUCCUGGCACUUAAGCAUAUGUUAGAACUGCAGGAAAUAUUGUCCCAAAAAUAUGUUCUGAACUAGUUCUUUGGGACCAAAAGAAGAGUCUGCUAAGGGGGGUAGUACUUUCAAGAAGUCCAGGAACCUUUAGGGUAGGCUUUGACCGUGUCCAGUUGAAACCGGAACCUUUCAAUUACCAAGAACUAAAAGUUCUAGGAAAUUUAGGUGGAGCUUACCUAUUGUCUAAAUUUAGUUCUAGGGUAAUUUAUCUCAGCAGAAAGACUAUUCUGCUAGAGAGGUAGUACUUUUAAGUCCAGGAACUAGAAGUACCAACAACCAACUACUGCAACUAUUGUCUACAUUUAGUUCUGCAGUAAUUUAUCGGGGCCAAAAUUACACAUUCCUCCUAAAUUACCAUCCUGAUGUUUACAAACAUUUUGAUUUCCGAGUUAUUAGAAGAUAAAUGCUAGCUUGUUAGCUUCAACCUGUGCUCUUACGUAGUGAACUUUUAACAGCAACCAUUUUGCAGCUCUUUCCCUCCAUUUGUUGGUGGAAAAUAAUGCAAAAUAAGCGCAUUUAAAUGUCAUUUGAAAGCCUUUUAGAAAUAAUCAUCAUAUAUUAUCAUUAAUUGUAAAAAGAACGGCCGUAAUGACGAUACGAGUCAGCUUCCGGUGGGUCGUUUUGAGUACCUUUCUUCGCUUGGUGUCCUUAAAACUGGUGCUUGACGACAACACUCGUGGAUUUAAAAAUGAGAAAAGCAACGGACAUAAAACGACAUCCUCAUUUUCAUUCUGCCUUAGUUCCAAACUGCGACGACCGCUGCCAAAAUGAGGACAAACUUUUACCUGACUUCUAAAAGUGUCUCAGCUGAACAUUUUGAAUUGGAUUUCAAUGCGUUAAGUGCCAGCAAAAUCACAUUAGAUAGCCAAACUGUUUGUUAAUGAUGCAGAGUGUGUUUACAAUGUGGCAAGAAAUGUGAGCUCCUCUUGUAUAUAUGUACAUAAGAUAAUAAAUAAAAGCAUGUAUUUGAACAAAGUGUACAAAAUAACUGUUUAAAUUGUGAACCAUUUUGCCAUGUAUGUAAUGUGACAUAUGGAGACAGACCAAAUAUGUAAUAGUCAUUCAAUCAAUCGUGUGAUAUAAUGGUGCAAUAAAAAUGUUUUCAUAAAAUAUU